AACAAAAAAUGCAAAAAUAAGUACACGAAAGACGUACAGUCAUUUUAAUGCUCGGUUAUUAAUUGCUCGUGUUUUGUGUUAUAAAAUAAAGAAACUAUUUAAAGGAUUACUGCCCAGUUUAUUGGUGUUUGUGUAAACUCAAAGAAGUGUUAAUUGUGCACGCGAAACGCCAAAGAAGUCCACUAGGAAGAGAGAGCAUGAAAAUGAAGCGCGAGAGCAAUGAUGGCGACGGCCCGCAGGACCAAAAGCGCAACAGACGCAACGAGGAAACGGUGCGAAUACUGAUACCAAGCAGUAUUGCCGGCGCUGUCAUCGGCAAGGGAGGCCAGCACAUACAGAAGAUGCGCACUCAGUAUAAAGCCACUGUGUCUGUGGACGAUUCCCAAGGCCCCGAACGCACCAUACAAAUCUCUACGGAUAUCGACUCCACGCUGGAGAUCAUAACCGAAAUGCUGAAAUACUUUGAAGAGCGCGAUGAGGAAUUCGAUGUGCGCCUAUUAAUCCAUCAGAGUCUGGCCGGCUGCGUCAUUGGCAAGGGUGGCCAGAAGAUCAAGGAGAUACGCGACCGCAUUGGCUGUCGCUUUUUGAAGGUCUUCUCGAAUGUGGCGCCGCAGAGCACGGAUCGUGUCGUGCAGACGGUCGGCAAGCAGAGCCAGGUGAUUGAUGCUGUGCGUGAGGUGAUAACCUUGACACGUGACACGCCCAUCAAGGGGCCGAUACACAACUAUGAUCCGAUGAACUUUGAUCGCGUCUAUGCGGAUGAGUAUGGCGGCUAUGGCACCGGCACCGGCAGCACACGUCCCAGUCAACGUGGCGGCAAUCGCGGCGGUGGUGGUGCUGGUGGUGGCGGCGGAGGUGGUGGAUUCGGUGGUGGUGGCGGCGGCGGCGGCAACGGUGGCCGCGGCAAUGAUCGCUUUGGUGGCGGCCGUGGCGGCGGCGGCGGCGGUGCUGGCGUCGGCGGCGCCACUGGGCUCGGCGGCAUGGGCGGACCACGUGACAAUCCCUUUAUCAAUCCCUGGGCAAAUGGCGGCGGCGGCGACGCCGACGGCUUCGGUGUUGGCAACAAUGGCGGCGGCUUCGGCGGCAACAACUUUGGCGGCGGAGGUCCAUUCGGCGGCGGCAACUUUGGCAACAAUUUCGGCAACGGGCCCAACGACUUUGGUGGCGGCAACCCGCUCGGCGGCGGCGGCGGCGGUGGCGGCGGCACCAGCAAUCUGCCCAGCCUGGGCAACUUUGGCCAGAGCCAGGGCAGCAACAGCGGCGGCGCCGGCGGCUUCGGUGGUGCGGGAAACAACAGCCUGGGCAACGGCCUGGGCGCUGGCUACGGCGCCGGCAACAGCAGUCUGGGCAACGGCCUGGGCGCCGUCAACAAUGGCGGCGUCGGCGGACUUGGUGCUAACAACGGAGCUGGCGGCUUUAACGCGGGCGGCGGCGGCGGCGGCAACGGCGGCUCAAACAACAGCGCCAACGCCUCAUCCAACAUACCGCAGGGACAUGAUCCCAACAACAGCACACAGGUCACCAUACCCAAGGAUUUGGCUGGCGCCAUAAUUGGCAAGGGCGGCGGUCGCAUACGACGCAUACGCAACGAGUCGAGCGCGUAUAUAACGAUUGAUGAGCCGUUGCCCGGCUCGAAUGAUCGCAUCAUCACCAUCUCGGGCACACCCAAGCAAAUACAAAUGGCCCAGUAUCUGCUGCAACAGAGUGUGCACGAGAAUGGCAGGCGGAACAUUUAAGUGGACUACAACAACAACAACAAGAACAGCCCAGAGAAGGAGGAGCAGGAGCAGGAGCUGCAUCCACGUUUAACUUUAAAGUUUACU